GCUGGUCAUCAACCUUUCCACGCUAAAAAUGCAGUUGACGUUGGAGAUUCUGUCCCAACCACCUGUACUUCAUCCACACACGACCCGCACGCACGACAGCAGCCGCACUACAGAGAGCAAAGACCCCCUCAAUUAGUCAUUAUGCAGAACCCUUUCUCAUCGCCGGAAUUUGACGCAACACGCGAACAGCUAACCCGAGAGCAACAAGCGGCUGUAACUGAG